GGGAAAAAGAAUAUGGGAAGAAACGAAAAAGCUUCGGUUGUUUCUCUCUGCAAAUCCACCAUCCUCGCUCAAAUGAUCUACAUUGUCCAAAUCCAUUUCUAAAUCUGUCGUUCUCACUCUACAAUGGACGGUGUCUCCGACGAUUUCUCUGAUUCCACCCAGCGACCCGACUCGGACAACGACCAACGAGUAUACUUCGUCCCAUACAGGUGGUGGAAGGAUGCGCAAGAUUUGAUGCCCGGAGAUUUGGGUUUGAAGAUAGGAAUUGUGUAUACGGCUUCGCCAGUUUCCUCGUAUACAGGUCCUAUGAAGCUCAUCAACAACAUCUUCAGCUUGGAUCUUGUUUUCAGUCUGAGAAAAGAGGAUUCUGAGCAGGGGGGAAUGGUGAAGUGGGUGUAUCCGGGCGGGACUAUGCAUUAGUCCCCUGCGAAAUAUGGGUGCAGGCACUU